GCGGAGAAGCCUCCCCUGGAGCAGCUGUACCGGGAGGGCCCGCUGCUGGGGAGCGGCGGCUUCGGCAGCGUUUACGCCGGGACCCGGCUCGCCGACGGCGUUCCGGUGGCCAUCAAGCGAGUGUCCCGGGACCGCGUCUUGGAGUGGGCGCGGCUGCACGACGGCGCCCUUGUGCCCCUGGAGCUGGUGCUGCUCUGGAUGGCGUCGUGGCCCGGCUUCCGCGGCAUCGUGCGGCUCCUGGACUGGUUCGAGCUGCCCGACGGCUUCGCGCUGGUCAUGGAGCGUCCGGAGCGCUGUCAGGACCUCUGGCACCUGCUGCACGCGGGGGGGUUCCUGCCAGAGCCCGUGGCGCGGGCGCUGUUCCGGCAGGUGCUGGGGGCCGUGCGGCACUGCACCAGCCGCGGCGUCCUGCACCGCGACAUCAAGGCCGAGAACGUGCUCGUUGACCUGGCCACCGGCGAGGCGAAGCUCAUCGACUUCGGCUGCGGCACCAUCCUGCAGGACACGUUCUACACCCAGAUGGCCGGAACGCGGGAGUACUACCCACCGGAGUGGAUCCUCUUUGGCCGCUACCAUGGCCAGCCAGCCACCAUCUGGUCCCUGGGCAUCCUGCUCUAUCAGCUGGUGUGCAGGCACCUUCCUUUCAAAAGCAGAGAGGACAUCGUCCGGGGACAGCUCUUCUUCCCGCCCCGGGUGUCUCAAGAGUGCCAGCACCUGAUCAGGUGGUGCUUAUCCAUGGACCCUGCAGACAGGCCAUCCUUGGAUGACCUUUUAGAACAUUCUUGGGUGCAGAAGCCCCACCUGGCCCAGGAGACAGCAGAG